AUGGCAACAGCAGUCCAACAUCGCCCGUCGGGGUCGCGCCGCGCAUCCGCCGGCGCCGCCGCUGGGCCUUCUCCCGCGACCAACCGCCUCUCGGCCAUGUCUGGAAACAGCGGAACGCGCGAGGCAGACGCCAAAAUGAUCGGGCAAUGGAAGAUUGGUCGCACCAUUGGCAAGGGCUCCUCAGGCCGCGUCAAGAUUGCAAAGCAUGCAUCGACUGACCAGUACGCGGCCGUCAAGAUUGUCCCAAAGGGUUUGAUCAUGUCGUCGCGGUUAAGCAUGAGCGAUGCAGGCCCCAAGGCUGAGAAACUGUUGCUCGGCAUUGAGCGUGAGAUUGUCAUCAUGAAGCUCAUCGACCAUCCCAACGUCCUGUCGCUCUACGAUGUGUGGGAGACGAACGACGACCUUUACCUCGUUAUGGAAUACGUUCCAGGCGGUGAACUGUUCGACUACCUCGUUCGCAAGGGCCGUCUGCCACAGCAUGAGGCUCUGCACUACUUCCAGCAGAUCUGCUAUGCUGUCGACUACUGCCAUCGGUUCAACAUUUGCCAUCGCGACCUCAAGCCUGAAAACUUGCUGCUUGACCAGCACAAGAACAUCAAGGUCGCAGACUUUGGCAUGGCGGCGUGGCAGGCAGACGAAAACUUGCUCGAAACAUCGUGCGGAAGCCCACACUACGCAUCUCCAGAGAUUGUGGCUGGCAAGUCGUACAACGGAACAGCGAGUGACAUCUGGUCAUGUGGCAUUAUUCUUUUCGCUCUCUUAACUGGUCGCUUGCCGUUUGACGAUGACAACAUCCGCACUCUCCUACAGAAGGUGAAGACGGGCCAGUUUGACAUGCCCACCGACAUCGACGUUCAGGCCCGCGACCUCCUUUCCCGUAUGCUCGAGAAGGAACCCGAGCUGCGCAUCACCAUGGCCGAGAUCAUGGCGCACCCGUUCUUCCGCUCCCGUGCGCCCCGUCUCAUGGGUGGGCGUCAGAUGCCAGUCCCUCCAUCACUCGAUGUUAUGGCUCGGCCUGUUCGUGCCCAGGACAUUGACGUCGACCUCAUGUGCAACCUCAAGACGCUUUGGCACGCGAUGAGUGAGGAGGAGAUUUACCAGUCACUGUUGAGCAAGGAGAAGACGUGGGAGAAGGCAGUCUACCACCUCCUUGUCCAGUACCGCAGCCGCCACCUCGAGCAGUACAACAUGGACACGGACAGCGACGAUGAGGACCGCAUUGCAGCACCACGGCCACACGGGAGGUCAUCUAUGCCCGUACCUUCGCCUCCUCUCCCUGCUCCGCCACCCAAGCACCGCAAAGUUGCCGUCCCGUCGCCUCCCACGACGCGACGCAAGCCGGUUCCCUUGGCAGACAACGAGGCAGUCCAGAACCGUGCUACACCACCUCCACGGCCCAGUGGGCCCACGCCCAAGAAGGCUGCGAACGGCAUGGUUAUCGACUCGCCUGCUUCUCGCACCCCGUCGAAGCUUAACCCACGGUCACAAGUUGCGCACCCCGCCGGUCCUCGAGCUAUCCGUGGUGGCGGGGCCACGUCGCCUUUAAACCCCAAUGCUCCUCACAUCACGCUUCACGAGGCGACUCCGGUCAAGGAUAUUGUCACGCAGCAGGACGCGCCGGAGCGGGCGUACGGACAUGGGCGUUCCAGAUCCGUUGACCAGAGCCAGGGCAACGUGUAUGGGCAUGCUCGCUCUCGAUCAGACCACGUUCGGUCACCGGUCAUGGCCAUGUCGCCGGUGCUCUCGGGUCACCACUCGCCAGCGGGACACGAAGUGACGUUACCACCCCUGUCUCCACCCCAGGGUCUGGACCAGAGCUUGCAGUCGUUCCUUAACGACCUGACAGAGCGUGUCAACUCGAUGGGUAUCCGCGAGUCAACCGCGUCUAGUAACUCGGAGCAUGCGCAGUUCCAGGGUGCCGAGUUCCAGGCAGCCCUUGCCUUCAUGGCUCAACAGUCACCUGUCAUGGAGGACCCCACGCAGAUGUCUUCACGCAGAGCAGAGUUUCCACCAUCUCCGCAGCCCGAUGAGGUGGGCCAGUUCGCCGAUGCCGACGACGAUGACACGUCGGCUGACAACAUGUCGAUAUACUCGGCGUCGACUUCCGUGCACCGGUAUGCUGCGCCCUCACCAGUGCCGAGUGUGCGGUCAUCCGUUGGCCCAAUGCACGCCCCGCGCAACCACCACACCCGAAGCGGACCACCUCCCGUGUCUGGUCGGUGGAGCCAAGCUUCGGGUAGUUACCGUAACAGGUCGAUCUCGAGCAGGCCCGAAUCCCCAGCGAUGCUCUCGCCCGCUGUCUACUCGACUGGCUUUGACUCCCACUCGCACCCUCCUCUCCCAGCCGUUCCGGCGUCGGCUCUGCGUGCUGAGCGGUCUGCCCCGCGCCCACCACCAAAGGCGUCACGCUCGGCGCCGCCACGGCCUGCAGGCGGUCCUCCACGGGCUGUGGACAACGUCUUGGACCGAGAAAUGGGCGAGCUUCGUGUCAAGUCGACCCUUGGCCGCGAGGACUCAUACGCCAUUGUCGAGCUCCCUAACGAGGCGGACGACGGAGUGGAGAGCACCUGGGGCAGUGCCCAUCGCUCGGGCUUCGGCACCCACCGCGCUGCCGACGGCUUUGGCAUGCUGAAGAAGAGAAAGAAGAUGUCGGCUGAGCCUGUGUCGUCACAGCCGCUUCCCGACUCGAUGGCCAAGCGGUCGUGGUUCAACAACCUCUUCUCGUUCAAGCCGGCGUCGUGCGAGAUACUUGUCAACAGCCGCGACGUCAAGGAGGGGUUGAAGCGCUGCAGGCGUGUGCUGGAGGCCCAGGGUGUCAGAAUCGUCGAGACCCAGUUCCAGCAGCGAGGCCUGCGCUGCAAGGUUGCCGAGGUCAAAACGAUCAACGGCGACACAAUCAAGGGUGUGCGAUUCCGCAUCGAGUUUGAGCGCGUUUACGUCGCGUCCGGGACCCGCGGCAGCUCCCAGUUCAUGACCAAAGCGGUGCUCACGCUGGAGAAGGGUGCCCAGUCGACCUUCCGUGCUGCGUUCAACCGCCUGCAAAAGGCACUCGAGAACGAGGUGCAACAGGCCUCGCCGCCCUUGGAGACUGGCACCAAGUUUGCGUUCCAUGCCUCGAUGCCGCGUGCGGCGACGAAGAACCGCCCAUCGCUCAAGGACGCCAACUUACAUUACCCUGUAGUGGCGCCGCAGCACCGCAGUGCGCCCAACACGCCACAAUUUGCGACGUUUGCGCCUGAGAUUCAAGCGUACCGCCGCCCGCAGGCACAGGCAAUCCGGUACUAG